AUGUCUGGUGGAUCUUUGGGACCGCUGAUGCUGACGGUGAUGUUCACAUUACUGUCACUUUCAACGGUGUUCAUGGCGCUGAGGUUUUACUGCCGCAGUGUUAUCGUUAAGAAUGUUGGAAGCGAUGAUUGGAUCAUGCUGGUAGCUUUUAUCAUGGCGUGGGGAAUGGGAGUGACGAACUAUUUCCACGUAUACUACGGCACUGGAAAGCACACGGUUGACUUGGACUAUUCCAACAUCAUCAUCCCAACGUUGAAGCUAUGGUAUGUCUACCAGAUACAGUAUCUUCUGGCACUAUUCUUCCUUAAAGCUAGUAUCCUCUCGUUCUACCGCCGAUUAUCACCCGCGAGAGGUUACCAAAUGGCCAUCUAUAUCGUUAGCGGUGUCAUAGUCGCCUAUACAUUCGCCAUGUUUUUUGUCAACGUCUUUGAGUGUCCGAAGGAUCCGAGUCGUGCUUGGGCGCCGACCUUCCCACAAGGUUGCAAUGAUCUUGUAGUGGUUUAUUAUGCAAUGGCGUCUUUCAACAUCUUGUCGGAUAUCGUGAUAUUGUUGCUGCCGCUGCCUUCGUUGAUGAAGCUGCAGGUUAAUACAAGGAAACGAGUUGCACUCUUAUUGAUCUUCUCGUGUGGGAGUGUGGCGGUUGUGGCCUCGAUUGUGAGGAUUAAUGCUCUUUACAAGUAUCAAACUGCGGUAUUGACAGGCGGAGAUAUCCCAUAUAUUGCUAUUUAUAUCCUCCUCUGGUCACAAAUCGAAGUCAACGUUGGCAUUAUUAGUGCCUCUGCACCGGCUUUAAAGCCACUUGUCAGAUCAAUCCUCGGGGGCACCUCCUUCGCGAAAUCCAGUUAUGCACAAGGCGGUGAACUGGGAUAUUCUGGCAACCCUAGUAGCAGGCACGGAAUACCACUGCACUCGUUGAAUGGAAGCGUAGCACAAGGGGUCACUACUGAGAUCCAAGGGAGGGAAAGGAACGAGAGUGAGGAGAAUAUUGUCAUGAAGAAUGACGAGAUGAUCCGGACAGUCGAGGUAAAAGUGGAUCUGGAGCGCGAGGGCUCAACUGAUAGUAUCAGACAGUUGGAGUUUGGAAGACAAUAG